AGAAGUGGGCGCCAAGCCUCUUGGAGCGCGGAGGCGGAGUAGACUGGCAGCUGUCAGCGGGCAUUUCUGGGCUCGCCUUCCUAACCAGUUCUGAGUAGCGGACACCGGCGUUCUUAGCUCGCCUGUAAAAGCUAGUCUCUGAGUUCCCGGUGCUGAAAUGCAUUAAGCCGGGGCAUCAACACGAGCUACAGUAUUGGGUCCCCUCUUGUCUUUGUGCCCGCCUGCAUCCUCAGACCCAGAGGCAGAUUGUCUUAAAGAAUUCAAGACUCCAAAAAUGUUUCCCUUGAAAGAUGCUGAAAUGGGGGCCUUUACCUUCUUUGCCUCAGCUUUGCCACAUGAUGUUUGUGGAAGCAAUGGACUUCCUCUCACCCCAAAUUCCAUCAAAAUUUUAGGGCGCUUUCAAAUCCUUAAGACAAUAACUCAUCCCAGACUGUGCCAAUAUGUGGAUAUUUCCAGGGGAAAGCAUGAAAGACUCGUGGUGGUGGCUGAACACUGUGAAAGGAGCCUGGAAGAUUUGCUUCGCGAGAGGAAGCCUGUGAGCUAUUCAAAGGUCUUAUGCAUAGCAUUUGAAGUACUUCAGGGUUUGCAGUAUAUGAAUAAACAUGGCGUGGUACACCGGGCACUGUCUCCUCAUAAUAUCCUGUUGGAUCGAAAGGGGCAUAUUAAAUUGGCUAAAUUUGGGCUUUAUCACAUGACAGCUUAUGGUGAUGAUGUUGAUUUCCCAAUAGGGUAUCCAUCGUACUUGGCACCUGAGGUGAUUGCACAAGGAAUUUUCAAAACCACUGAUCAUGUGCCAAAUGAGAAACCAUUGCCUUCCGGCCCCAAAUCAGAUGUGUGGUCUCUCGGGAUCAUUUUAUUUGAACUUUGUAUGGGAAGAAAAUUAUUUCAGAGCCUGGAUAUUUCUGAACGUCUGAAAUUUUUGCUUACUUUGGACUGUGUCGAUGACACCGUAACAGUGCUGGCUGAAGAGCAUGGUUGUCUGGACAUCAUAAAGGAGCUUCCUGAAAAUGUGAUAGAUCUUUUGAAGAAGUGCCUGACCUUCCAUCCAUCUAAGAGGCCAACCCCAGAUGAACUGAUGAAGGACAUAGUGUUCAGUGAAGUGUCACCUUUGUACACCCCCUUCUCCAAACCUGCCGCUCUGUUUUCGUCUUCUCUGAGAUGUGCCGAUUUAACUCUGCCUGAGGAUAUCAGUCAGCUGUGUAAAGAUACAGAUACAGAUUACCUGGCAGAAAGAUCCAUUGAGGAAGUUUAUUACCUUUGGUGUUUGGCCGGCGGAGACUUGGAGAAAGAGCUUGUUAAUAAGGAAAUCAUUCGAUCCAAACCCCCUAUCUGCACCCUCCCCAACUUUGUUUUUGAAGAUGGUGAAAGCUUUGGACAAAGUCGAGAUAGAAGCUCACUUUUAGAUGACACCACUGUGACACUGUCGUUAUGCCAACUGAGAAAUAGAUUAAAAGAUGUUGGUGGAGAAGCAUUUUAUCCAUUACUUGAAGAUGACCAGUCUAACUUACCUCACUCCAACAGCAGUAACGAGCUGUCAGCAGCCGCCACGCUCCCUUUGAUCAUCCGAGAGAGGGACACCGAGUAUCAGCUCAACAGAAUCGUUCUCUUUGACAGGCUGCUCAAGGCCUAUCCAUAUAAAAAAAAUCAAAUUUGGAAAGAAGCAAGAGUUGACAUUCCUCCUCUGAUGAGAGGUUUAACCUGGGCUGCUCUUCUGGGAGUUGAGGGAGCUAUACAUGCUAAGUAUGAUGCAAUUGAUAAAGAUACUCCAAUUCCUACAGAUAGGCAGAUCGAAGUGGAUAUCCCUCGUUGUCAUCAGUAUGAUGAACUUUUAUCAUCACCUGAAGGCCAUGCAAAAUUUAGGCGUGUAUUGAAGGCUUGGGUGGUAUCUCAUCCUGAUCUUGUAUACUGGCAAGGUUUGGACUCACUCUGCGCUCCCUUCCUGUACCUAAAUUUCAAUAAUGAAGCCCUGGCUUAUGCGUGUAUGUCUGCUUUUAUUCCCAAAUACCUGUAUAACUUCUUCUUGAAAGACAACUCACAUGUAAUACAAGAGUACCUGACCGUGUUCUCCCAGAUGAUCGCCUUCCAUGACCCCGAGCUGAGCAACCACCUCAACGAGAUUGGCUUCAUUCCAGAUCUGUAUGCCAUCCCUUGGUUUCUCACCAUGUUUACUCAUGUAUUUCCAUUGCACAAAAUAUUCCACCUCUGGGACACCUUACUGCUUGGGAAUUCCUCUUUCCCAUUCUGUAUCGGAGUAGCAAUCCUCCAGCAGUUGCGGGACCGUCUUUUGGCUAAUGGCUUUAACGAGUGCAUUCUUCUCUUCUCUGAUUUACCAGAAAUUGACAUUGAGCGCUGUGUACGAGAAUCCAUCAACCUCUUUUGCUGGACUCCCAAAAGCGCUACUUACAGACAGCACGCGCAGCCUCCCAAACUGCCUGCCGACAGCGGCGCCCUGCGGAGUCCCGCCGCCUGCUUCUCCGCGGAGUGCACCGAGCCGCCCAGGACGGCCCUGUCAAGAGAAUCCAUCCCAUUAAAUGACCUGAAGUCAGAAGUAUCACCUCGAAUUUCCGCGGAGGACCUGAUUGACUUAUGUGAGCUGACCAUGACAGGCCACUUCAAAACUCCGACCAAAAAAACAAAGUCCAGCAAACCAAAGCUGCUGGUGGUUGACAUCCGGAAUAGCGAAGAUUUUAUUAGGGGUCACAUUGCGAACAGCAUCAACAUCCCCUUCAGCACCGCCUUCACUGCAGAAGGAGAGCUCGCCCAGAGCCCUUACACCACGACGCUCCAGAGCUUCAAGGGGAAGGUCAUCGUCAUUGUGGGGAACGUGGCGAAGCACACGGCUGAGUUCGCAGCUCAUCUUGUGAAGAUGAAGUACCCAAGGGUCUGUAUUCUAGACGGGGGCAUCAACAAGAUCAAGCCCACAGGCCUGCUCACCGUCCCGUCACCACAGAUAUGAAGGACUGGGAGAGGGCUGGCAGGGGACCCAGUGACGGCACCAGCAGCAGCACGCUCUGCCCAGCAGCAGCUCCCCGCGACAGAACUGCACGUGCGCAUCCGAUGGCCCCCCGUCCAUGAAAUCCUGCCACAAGGCAUUUUUGUAAGUCUCAUCGCCCAAACACUCAGUACCCAAGCAAGGAACUUGACUGCACAUGUACUGCUGAAAGAAUUUCCUUUACAGUGAAAUCCUGUCAUGUAUUCUCACCACGCUGCCACGCAAAGCCAGAGGAAUUCGGCUGACAGGGCAGAUUUAGUACCAUCAAGAAAUCCCACUUGCGCUGAAAAUCAGUCCUUCACUGCACAGCACGGCCAGUCCUGACCAAGGGUUAUGUAGGAGGAUGGGCCAGAUACGGGCCGAAAGCAUCUUUCCCUGAAAACACAAAUGCUGUUCAAAGGUGUGCCCUUUCAGGAGGUGCUGCCAUGGGCGCCUCAGCCCAGGGGAGUUGUGUUUGCAUGCACCUGCUAGUGUGUGUGUGUGUGUGUGUGUGUGCGUAGGUGUUUACAAGGACUGGAGUCUGGCCCAUUGCAGAAGGCAGUGAUCGUUCACUCCCAGCAAAGUGAAACUCAGGAACAGUAUUUGGUAGGGUAUGUGUUUCCCUCCUGUGUGGAAAAAUCCAAGCGACUUAAGCAGAUGUCGGGUUGAUCACGUCAGAGUCCCCACGGCCCGCCCAGCCCAGCAGCGCUUAGUGUGUGUGUCCCCCCCACCCCACCCCGAGUUCUCAGCCCCGGUGACCCCUGCUGUUCCACCCUCAGCACCCGGCCUCUCCCAGGUGAAAGUGACCACGAUCACCUCUGCAGUCGGGAGGAAGGAAGUGGAGGACAGAGAGGAGACAAGAGGGGAAAGGAAGAAAUAGGGAGGAAGGAGGGAGGCUUCCUCCUGCAGGGCGCAAAGCCAGAGGGACCCACUCCCCUCUGCGCGUGCUGGCCAACAGAGCUGGGGCGCCUGUGCGCCCCGAGGUGAUGGGCCCUGGCUGGUGGCCGCUGCAGGCAGAGGGGGAAGCCUGUCACCAAGUGGAGGGAGGGCACGUGCUGAGGGCCGGCCAGCCUCUCUGCUGUGUGGGGUGCAGACUGAAGCACCGUGACUCGCUGAAUCAAAGGCACCGUAACUGUAAACCACAAGGGAAGGACAAACGCAGCAGGACAAACUGACGCACCAGCAGUACACGGUGUGAUCCCUUAAGAAACUGGGGCGAUUACGCAUCUCACAAUUACUGAAAUCCGUCUUGUGACUGUCUCCAAUUUGAUUUGAAUUCAAAUGUUCCUUCAUCAGUAACGCAUGUUCGUGUGCAGUGUGAGGAGCGCCUCCUCUGAGGACUUCAGUCAGCCUCAGCUCAGCUUUCUGGGCCGCGGCUUUGUUAUUGUCAAAAGAGACUUUGCAGGCACACCAUAAAAUUCAAUCUUCUAAA